GCAGAUUGUCCUCGCCGGCCAAGAGCGGGGAGGGGGGGAAAAGGGGUGAGGGCGGCCUUUCCCCGUUUAGCCCAAGGACCCGGGGGGGGGUUCGAGGGCAGCGGCGGUGUAUGCGCCCGGCGGCAGCGCGGCGGAGCGGAGCGGGGGCAGCGGGAAGUGAUGAGAAGUUGAGGGAGGGACGGAGCGAGGGUGCCCUCUCCUCUCUUCUCCUCGGCCGCCGCCGCAGGUGCAGCAGAGCCUGGGCGGAGGGGACAGGCGGGGCCCGGCGCCGCAGCGGAGGGGCUCCGGCGGGAGCAGGGCCUCAAAGCCGGGGCCGGACACGGAGCCGCGCGAAACCCGGCUCGACUGAAAGGAAGAAGAGCGGCGAGGAGCGGCUCGACCCGGUCUUCGGCUCGUUACCACAGGCAGCGACCGCGGAGAAACGGCCCUGAAGGGAGAGCGCUAUGAAGCCGUACGCUCCAGCUUUCAUUCUCCUAUGGAGUGCUGUCGGGAUAGCGAGGGCUGCCAAAAUCGUUGUUGUGCCGCCAAUUAUGUUUGAAAGCCAUCUUUAUAUUUUCAAGACUCUGGCCUCAGCCUUGCAUGACCAAGGUCACCAGACAGUGUUUCUCCUCUCUGAGGGCAGAGAGAUUCCUCCAUCUAAUCACUAUAGACUUCAGCGCUACCCAGGGAUCUUUAACAGCAGCACCUCGGAUGAUUUUCUCCAGUCCAAGAUGAGGAGUAUCUUCUCUGGGAGACUGACAGCCCUUGAACUGUUCGAUAUCCUGGACCAUUAUUCCAAGAACUGCGACAUGAUUGUUGGCAACCGAAACCUCAUGCGCGCCCUGAAACAGGAAAAAUUUGACCUGCUCCUGGUCGAUCCCAAUGAGAUGUGUGGAUUUGUUAUAGCUCAUCUUUUAGGGGUUAAAUAUGCCGUCUUCUCCACUGGCCUCUGGUAUCCAGCAGAAGUGGGUGCUCCAGCUCCCCUGUCUUAUGUUCCAGAAUUUAACUCGCUGCUCACAGAUCACAUGAACCUAUUUGAGAGGAUUAAAAAUACUGUUGUUUAUCUUAUUUCAAGAUUUGGAGUCAGUUUUUUGGUUCUGCCAAAAUACGAAAGGAUAAUGCAGAAACACAAGGUUCUGCCAGAACGGUCUAUGUAUGACUUGGUUCAUGGAUCCAGCCUGUGGAUGCUUUGUACUGAUGUAGCACUGGAGUUUCCGAGACCUACGCUACCCAAUGUUGUUUAUGUGGGAGGAAUCCUAACCAAACCGGCCAGCCCUCUGCCAGAAGAUCUCCAAACAUGGGUGAAUGGUGCUAACGAAAAUGGCUUUGUCCUCGUCUCGUUUGGAGCUGGAGUGAAGUACCUGUCAGAAGAUAUAGCAAAUAAGUUAGCACAUGCUCUGGCGAGGCUGCCUCAGAGAGUUAUUUGGAGGUUUUCAGGAAACAAACCAAGGAAUUUAGGCAAUAAUACGAAGCUUAUAGAAUGGUUACCACAAAAUGACCUCCUUGGUCACCCUAACAUUAAAGCUUUUCUUAGUCAUGGAGGUUUGAACAGCAUUUUUGAAACCAUGUACCACGGUGUCCCGGUGGUGGGGAUUCCCCUUUUUGGAGACCAUUAUGAUACUAUGACUCGUGUGCAGGCCAAAGGCAUGGGAAUAUUGUUGAACUGGAAGACCGUCACUGAGAGCGAAUUGUAUGAAGCCCUAGUAAAAGUUAUCAAUGAUCCCAGCUACCGGCAGCGGGCCCAGAGGCUGUCUGAGAUUCACAAAGACCAACCUGGUCAUCCUGUUAACCGGACUGUAUACUGGAUUAAUUACAUCCUCCGUCACAACGGAGCCCAACAUCUACGUGCCGCUGUUUACAGCAUCUCUUUUUAUCAGUAUUUCUUACUGGAUAUUGCCUUUGUUGUACUAGUAGGUGCUGCCUUACUUUAUUAUAUUUUGGCCAGGAUAACAAAAUUUAUCCGCAAACAAAGCAAACAUCUUUGGUCAAGUGACGAACAUAGAGCUGUUAAUGGACACUACCAGAACGGGAUACCGAAUGGCAAGUAUAGAAGAAAUGGCCACAUUAAGCAUGAAAAAAAGGUGAAAUGAGCCAACUGCCCCAUGUAAAGUAGUAAUGAAUCAGAUCAGUAAUCGAAUUUUAUCGCUGUAACUUAGUCUAACAACUACUUAAAACCUCAAUAAGCAGUUCUAACACUCCCCUUCAGUAUGUAAUAUUAUGUGACAAAAUCCUACGGAACUAAGAAAAGUCUUUUAAAAAAAAAAGGCAAGCACAACCUAAAAUGGAAAAUAUUUUGUUCUUAAUACUGAUGCAGAGAGGUUAUUUUGGCACUGAAGUUUUUAGAAGCCUUAAUUCUCUGAAGUUAUUCAAUGAUCAUAUUUAUGAAUUUUCAGUUUUUAAAAGCUAAAUGUGUGUGUCCCAAAUGAGGAGAGGUUUCUUUUUAUUUGCAGAGGUUUUUUCCUUUUAUUUUUUUAUUAUUUUAAUAUAUCCAUCUUUUAGCUGAGAGAACUUUAGUGCAAGUUCUGUUUCCUUUGUUGAAGGUUCAACAUGUUGUGUAAGAAUGCUGUUUUUAAAAAAAAAACCCAACAUAAUUUUUCCCAGUCUUUGUGCAAGAAAUAGCAAGUUGUGAACUGAGAACACAGACAUUAAAAGAAAAAUUAUCUUAAAAUAAGCACUGAAGAAAAACGGCAAAAAUAUAUACUCAUUUUACUGAUAAGCUGCAUGACUCUUCUGCUCACUACCAGUACUUUGGAGAAAAGGGUCUUGAGCAAGUCUACAAUAUGUCUUAAUUUCUAAUUUAUACAAAAUUUUAUUUGUUGCCUUUCUCUGCAUACAUAACUUAUGCCGUAAAAAUAUUAGGGACUUCUGUUUCAGUUUAAAAUGUGGCUGUGUGGGAAGUAGAUUUGCAUAAUUAAGAAAAAUAAAUGAAACAAACAACAACGACAAAAAAGAAAACCUAGCCCUGUGCUUAAUGCAGAAGGUUUUGUAAUGGCCCAGAGCUGUGCGGCAUCAAACCACUAUUUGGGGUUUGUUUAAAAAAAACCCAAACAGCAAAUGCCCCUCCACCCCCAAGCUGAAUGUCUUUCCUAUUAAUUCUCAUUAUUAUUAAGUUCUUUCUAAAUCGCAGUGUUGUAGGUGUUCUCUUUCAAUGGUUGUAUCUGGAAAAAAAAUAAUACUACCUUCUCUUAGUCUGGGCCACGCAAUCCAUGUUCCACGUAGUUGCCAAUACGAAUUCUCAGAUGCGGGAUGGGAGGCUGCUCUCCGGGUUGGGGGACCAGCCGCUCCUUCCCGGGUCCCACGGGAGGAGUGGGGUGAAGCCUGGCCACCUGAGUGGGAGGUUUGCAGAGGUGGUUGUCCCCCCCUCCUCCUCCUUCCCCUGCUGUUGUCCCUCCCCGCAACAAUCUCUUUCAAUCAUUGUCGCCGACACGGGACGCUGCCACCGAGGGCGGGGAUGCAGGGUGCUGGGUGUAAAAAAUCACAACCGCCCUGCUCAACCAGAGUUGGCAACUAUGAGUUUAUUUCCAUGUCAUUCUGUUUACUUGGAAUUUGCACUACACAUGUUGUGAGUGUAUGCUUUAUUUAUUUGUAGUUUGAAAUCCCAUGCCUGAAAGAGAAAGGAGAGAAACCCAUUUUACCUAGUGUUGUUCACUAACAUGGGAAGAGUUGUGAUGAUUACAGGAUGCUGAGAUCAUCUUCAUACACAGUGAUGCGAUAUUUCACUAUCAUUCCAUCAGGAGCCUCUAUCCUAUAGCAAUAAAUAACAGUACAGAUAUGUUUCUAAUAUACAGUACAGCUACUUGUACUGCUUUCUGAAUACUUGAAGAAAAUGGUAUUAUAAAUAAGCCUAUUAGCUAUACCUUUUUACAAUCUUGCAGUUUGCGGCGACUAAAGGAGCACACAGAGGCGAUGAAUGGUGGGAUGGUAAUAAGACUUCGAGUGUAUGAAUGACUUGGUUUAAAUGUGGGUUUUUUGGCAUUGAAGAAGGUACAAAAGCACUGACCGGAUGAUUAAGCAUAAUUUAAUCUCCACUGUGAUAAAACUUAAGCAAUAAACAUGGAUUUAAUAGAGAAAUUCUGUUGUUGGAAGUAUGUUUUUGUUCAAAUGAAUGCUGUUUAUUUUGAAGUACCCAGUGUGUGUGAGUAUAUAUAAAUGUGGAUGCUUAUUAGGAUACACCAAUUUUUUCUUCUUGGUAUGUACCGUGAUGCAUGAUACGUAUUUGAAAUGAAAAAUUAUUAUGUUUUGUGAAUGUAGAUCUAUCUCCCGUAGGAGCGUUGAAUCAAUUGCCAGGUGGAAUGCUUAACCAGACUUCUUUGUUAAGGCAGGCUUUUUUUUUUUUUAAAGUUUAUGUGAACAUUCCUGGUAAAGUGUGUGUUGUCUCUUUCUGUACGUGUUAAGUUAUACACAUUUCCUGGAAAGCAAAACUAAAAGUUUUUUCACAGGGAUGUUAGAUGAGACGAUUGAUUCCUGAAUAGUCUCUGUAGAUAUAAAGAAGCUGCAGUUCAGUUGUAAAAAGAGGAAGUUGCUGCAUUAUUAAUUGUAUUGCCAAACUUCUAGGUGGGUC